AUGGACGGAGAAACACCCGAGGAUCCAUCUAUAACCUUCCCUAUAACCACGUCCAAAAUGGAUAUUGAAAUUGACAAGAUACAUAUCACCAAUGACCCCCAAAUUUGGGAAGAAAUGUCUCAUCUCGCAUGGCCCACAAACAGUUUGAUACCCAUGCUUCUCGAGGCUCGCAAAUUUAGAGAGGAAGAGAGAAUUGAAGAAGCGAGAGAGAUGGUCAAACGCAUGAAGAAUCAGCAGAUGGUCAGGAAGAUAGAGGAAGAAGAGGAGUUGCAUUCGAAGAGUGAUGGAGAUGCGGAAGGAGAAACAUGGUUGGUAGUUGAUGCUAUGGCUGUAAUAGAUGAGAUGAGUGAGAUGGAUAGGAAUUUUGAGGGAGAUGAUGAUACAAAGAGAUGUAAAGCAGAAAAGGGAUUGGGGAAGUGUGAUAUGCCAUGGGCUGUUGUGAAUCGUUGGUCGAGGUGGUGGAAUUGGUGCUUUGGAUAG